UUGUAUUUCAAAUUAACUAGUUUAAUUGUACUUCGAAUUUAAUAUUUGUUAUAUUUUUAAGAUGGAACGUGGUAGAGCUUCUGUAGAUAUGGGUAACCUCCGCCGCAACCGAACAAAGGAGAUUGUGAGGAAUCAUCCAAGCUCACGCAAAGGUAAGGGACGGGCCGGGUCUUCAUCUCAAACCUGAGAUGAUUUUGAUGCGAAUUACAACCAAAGAUAUGGGGAUGCGAUGUCCGAUGAGCAAGUAGAACAACUAUUGCAGCCGCAUCAAGGGCGCUUUUUCCAUCAACAAGACAUCCCGACCAUUGACGAAGAAGAGCUCGAGGAUGAUGAUGUGGGGGAGGGGGAUCCGCAAACGGCCGAGGACGAGGUUCAUGGCACACCGGACCAUGAGGAAGAGCAAGCGGAAGUGGCUACUUCUUCCCAAGGCGAUGAGAAAGCUGAACCUGUCUUUAAGGCCAAUUUUACAAAAGUUAAAGACCCCGAAACUGAGAUACGGUACACCACUUGCAAGCAUUGCCCAAAAGUGUAAAACUUGGGAAUUUUUGGAGGGUACGGGAGCGCCACAAGGCAUCUUAAGGCCAAACACCCGGCGUCAUAUGCGAAAUCGGACAAACGCAAGGGAAAGCAAACACAAAUUUCAAGGUUUGGAACUGGCCAACCUUUCGGUAAUUUCUCCUAUGAUGAUAAAAAACAUUUGGCCGGAACCCAAGACUGUACGUAGUACAGAGCCCAAUCAAUAAGGCCCAUUUUAGCCUAUCAGGCAUGUUUCGGCCUUUGGGCCCAUUUUUGCCCAUUCGGCCCGUUAGGGUGGAGAGCCCCCCCCCCCCCCCCCCCCCCCCCCUUUAUCUAUAAUAAAUAGGAGGAGUUCCCUCCUUAUCAAGGAUCC